UAGUUUACGCAAGGACGCGUCUGCAUGCGCCUGUCAAGGAUGACAUCGCUCAGAUAAGGAAAUCUUUUCGCAGUUUCCGAAUGCAGGGGAAAAACAUGGCUGACAAUUCGGAUUCAGAAAGAAGGAUUUUGACAGCAGAACUCGAAAGGAUACAUUCGGAAUUUCAGUUCAGCAUUUGAAAAAUAAAAUCGAAUAUUACAAAUUCUUUCAGAACAUUGUUGUGGUUUGAUGAGAUGUAAACAACUAAUAAGAUAUUGCUUAUAUCAAUAUAGCCUGUCAAAUUUAAUUUUAUUGGUAAAUUUCCGAAAUCAAGUAAAGUGAAUCGAGUUUAAAACUGUGGAAUACAUUAUUUUAGUUUAUGAUUGAUAUAUUUUUGCUAUUUUGCUUUGUAGAAAAUUAAGCACGGUGAUAUUUAUAUCUCCUAUUUCAUUUUACUUUCACUGCUAUUUGAUCUUUAGAAAUAUUCUUAGUGAAUGGAUUUACUUUUGUUGCACAACAAAAUAAUAUCCCUUGGAGAAAUUAUUGUUCAGCUUCAGUAUUUUCCAAGCAGUUCUUGAUUUUAGUUCCCAAUUAUCAAUGAAUUCAUACAUCAUUUUUUGUGUUGUGUUGCUUUAAUCUGAAAUUUGCAAAAUAUCAAAAUGAUGGCGGCACAGUUGCAACAAUUCUUCAAAGCCUGCGACCCGGAGGGCACCAGAUCGGUGGACAUCGAAGCCUUCCGGGACCUUUGCAGCCGCCUGAACAUAGCAAAAGAGGAUGCCGAUGUGAUAUUCGAGGAUUUAGACCUAGAUCGUGAUGGGAGAAUCAGUUUUACAGAUUUUUCCAGAGGUUUUUCGAACUUUAUCUCCACCACUGAGGCGUGCGAUGCGAGUUCUAUUCAAGACCAAGAGUCCGAAAUUGACAUUGGAAAUUCUGACGAGGCGACAAAACAGCAUGUGUGGACCACCCUCACCAACGAGGCUGAGAGAGUGGGCAAAAAGAGCAGCGACGAGGGCAAGCUGAAGUGGCUCCUGAACGAACUACAGAUGUCCGAGCAGCGGCAUCUCGUGCCUUACCUGGAGAGCGCCGUCGAGGAACUCAUCACCAAUCUGCACCAACUUCAGGAAGAGAAGUCGAGGCUCGAGGACACAUGGCGCAGAGAGAAAAUAGAACACGAGAAACACCUGAAAAGAAUGGAGGAGGAGCUCGACAACCAAGUGAAGGAGGCAGAAUUGAAAAUGCGAUUAAAGGCCCAAGAAGAAGUUGAAGAAGAAAGAAAGACCUUGCAAAGCAGAAUGGAUUCGGAAUUUGACAAGUUGCAAUCGCAUCUGCAACUCAUGGAAAAAGUCUAUUCUUGGUUGAGGACACAGCCCACCGAACAGCGAGACGUGCGACUGGACGAAGUGCGAACGAAGCUCGACGAGGCUGUCCACGAUAAUCGGCAGCUGCGCAUGUCCCUCUUGGACACACAGACGAGCAUUGCGCUCAUGCGAAGCGAGCUGUUGCAGUUGAGAACCAUGUAUGAAGAGAAGUGCCGAGAACUCAGCAGCGAAAGAGAAAGAAUUUUAGAAGUUUUGCAGGAGCAAGACCAUCUGAGUAGACAACUCAACUUAUUACAUGAUGCCAAUAAACGACUAUUAGAUUCUCACGAUGUUUUGCGGAAUAAUGUAGAAAAUCCAGGAAAACAGGGCCACACCAACAUCUACCGCUGCAAGAGCGGCUCCAUUAUUGGAGACUAUUUGGAACCAGCCCACGCGUACGACAUUACGGGUAGAUUCCAAGAAGACGAAAAUGACGAAGACAGUGAAAGCGGAGCAUACAGGAGGCCCAAGUCGAUGGACAGUACGUAUACGUGCCAGAUUCGGAGAAGACCUAAGCCUAAAGACAGACAACUAGCCCAACAGUCCCUAAAUCAAUCAGACAGUGGUGUGUCGACUGUCAGAGAUUCUGGGGAGGUUGACGAGAACUGGGACAUCUCUCCCCCCUGCGCCGUGGACAGCGAAGAUGAGUACACAGAGAUAGACCAUGCUGCCAUCUCUAGACGAGAGCGUCUCAGGAGGGACUCUGGGCAGUCGAGGGCCAGCAGGCCAGCCUCCAUGCCACCCCCUGCUUCCGAGAAGAUUCUGAAAAUCGAAUGCUAUCCCAGAGGAGUGGAUUCAUACGAGCUCCAGCCUAGCAACAGCCAGGAUUCUCUGUUGCCUACCGACACGCUGCCCAGGAGAAAGAUAUCGGACAUCAAGAAGCAGCUGGGAAUUGAGGACAAACCAGUGAGUUGGAAUAGAAGUUGGUCCCCUAAUCCUGCUCAGUGCUCAACUCCCAAAGAGCAGAGUAAUGGAUAUGUCCCGACCCCAAUGCCGAGAGCUUCCAAAAUCAACUGUAUCUACGAGUCCAUAGACAAUGAUGAUAGUCUGCCUAUCACAUCUCAGUCCAUAGACAACUCGGUGGAAGUGGAACAGCUAUAUGAACCGACGGGCCCGCCGGAACAGACUUUCAAGGUCAUUUUCGUAGGAGACGCAGGGGUCGGUAAAUCCUCCUUCGCCCUUCGAAUCAGCAAAGGCGUCUUCGUUAGACACAUGAGUUCCACUCUAGGUCUCGAUUUCCUAAUGCGAACCCUUCGAGUGGACGGCAAGAAUGUGGCCGUGCAGCUGUGGGAUACUGCCGGACAAGAGAGAUUUCGCAGUAUUACAAAGACGUAUUUCCGCAAAGCAGAUGGUGUGAUGUUGUUGUACGACUGCACCUGCGAGCAAAGCUUCCUCAAUGUCAGGCAGUGGGUCGAGGACAUUGAUGUCGCCUGUUUCUACAGCAUGAUGGCCGAAAAACAGUCUUCAGGCAGGAAAUCUUCUAAUCAGCGAAUUCCUCUAAUGAUUGUCGCCAAUAAGAUCGAUUUGAGAGAGAUGGCGAUAAAAACUGGAACGAUCUGUGUGACUACUGAACAAGGAGAGAAACUAGCCAAGGAUUGCGAUACAACAUUUAUGGAGGGGAGUGCGAAAGAUGGAUCUAAUGUUUUGCAUGCUUUGGCAAAUCUUGUGAGAUCCAUGAUAGCACGAAAAGACCUUCAGCUGUCAGCAUCCACUAUGCAACUGUGCGAGGCGAAGCCAAAGAAAUCUUGUUGCGGAAAAUGAGGGAACACCUGCUGCAUUUGAUUUCAUUUGACAACGUGCAAGUGUGCCCCUGGAUGUUACGAAACAAGAACACGCUUGUUUUUCCAAUGAAUCAUCAGAUUUUUAUACAUCAUGCAAAAAACUACAGACAGCUGCACAAAUCUGAUGAGCUUACCGUAUAUUUUGUUUAUCAAAGAUUGAGUCAUCUAUAUUCUUAUACUGACGAACAUUUCUUAUUGAUAAUUAAUUAAAUGUUCUUUGCAUGUAUUCCGAAACAUUUGGUUUAUAAAAAAGUACUUUUGAAAAAUCGUUUGAUUUCUGAAACCAACUUCUCAACAAGGAAUAAAAUGAAAUGCUACAGUUGUUCAGUUUAUGCAAAAUAAACGACGAUACUAUUGAUUAAAACCCAAACAGAUGAUAGCUACGAUAACAUAAUGUCUAAAUAUAAAAAUAAUGGACGAGUAUUUUUAAGUAAUAACAUAAUUUUACAUGAGAAAUUUUUUUUUUAUUUUCUCUAUUUAUUUGGUUAUUAAAAAUGAAUGCUAAAUAAAUAUGCAGUUUGCUAAUCGAAAGCUAUUGACAUCCAGAUUCUAAAUUGAAGUAUAAAAUU